GUCCCGUCCCGUCCUCCGCCUGGGAGCCUCCCCGGCCAGGUGUGUAGUCGGCGCCGAGUUCAGAGAGUCCGAGACGGCGGUGGCUGCGGCGGGCUGCAAUGCGAUGGUAGACUAUUCUGGAUGGAUUUCAGCUCCACACAGAACUGAAAAGCUGAGGUAGUCUCUGAGGUCUGGGACUCUGCAUUACUGUUACCUCCCAAGUAUGGGUGUAUCAUUGUUAUUUUGCCUCACAUUGGGGUUAUUGCCCACAAUAAUCAUUGGGAAGGCAUGGCAAUGCCCACCUCGAUGGUCUGACUCAACCAGAGAUUUCACAGUGAAGUACAGCUUCCCUACAUUCGAUGCUGGGAGUUCCAUUCAGAACAUUGUCACUUCUGAGUACGAUGAUGCGAUCUUUGUUGCAGUUCGGAACAAGAUCUUCAUGUUGAACUCAAAGAUGGAAAUUCUGUCCACGAUAGUGACUGGUCCCUGGGGUAACGCCGCGUGUGAGAUCUGUGCCAAGUGCCCCGUGAAAGGGCCAAUGAACCCCGAAGAUACAGAUAACAUAGUUCUGGUGUUGGAUCCUCAAGAAUUUUGGCUUUAUAGUUGUGGGACUUCCCAUCAUGGAGUCUGCUUCCAGCAUGAGAUUGAAAAAAAUGGCAAUGUGUCAGUUGACACCAAAUGCCUGUUCUCUGCUAAAUUUAACAGGCCUUCUGAGUGUCCAGACUGUGUGGCCAGUCCUUUAGGCACUAGAGUUGUAGUUGCUGAUAUGGCACACACGGCAUACUUUUACGUUGCCUCUACCAUUAACAGAAACAUUGCGGAGACAUAUAGCCCCAAAUCCGUAUCUAUACGGAGACUCAAGAGUAACGCGGAAGGGUUUGACCAUCCUUUCCACUCCUUAACGGUGCUACCUGCAUUUCAAGACACAUACCCAAUUAACUAUGUGUAUUCCUUUGAAUACCGGAACUUUGUAUAUUUUCUAACAGUCCAAAAAGAAAACCCUGAGUCCAAUGUGUACCACACUAGGAUUGUACGGCUCAGUACUGAUGAAACGGAAGUGCACACGUACCGUGAACUGAACUUGGACUGCCGCUUUAACACCAAGCGGAAAAGGAGUCUUGGGGCAACCCCCAGGGAUGUUGUUUUUAAUGUUUUGCAAGCAGCUCAUGCUACUCAGCCUGGCCCGAAACUGGCUCCUGAGAUCACUGUCAGUGAUGCUGACAGGGAACUGGUUCUCUUUGGGGUGUUUGCUGAAAGCCUGCCAGGCAGUAAAGUGCCCCGGAAUUACUCGGCAGUUUGCGCUUUCCCCGUGAACAAGAUAAAUGAGGCUAUCGAUGAAGGGAUGAAGGAGUGCUGCAAUGUGGAUGUCCACAACCGUGUGCCUCGAGGACUGAAGUUUUAUCAAGGUUUGGAGUAUUGUCCACAUAAUGUAAGUUUCUCAGCCCCACUGGUGGACACCAGCUGCUGGAAGAAGCCCACCUUCAUCUCUACAAAUUACUACAGGGUGGACCUCUUCAAUGGACGUAUGGUGGGAGUGCUGCUGACCUCCAUCUUUGUAACUGUAAUAGAUGAGGUGACUGUGGCUCAUCUAGGCACAUCAGAAGGACGUGUUCUGCAGGUGGUUCUUCCAUCCAAUCUCUACACAAACGUAUUGGCCAACUUCUCCUUGGGGGAGACAUUGCCAGUGCUGCGAGAAGUCAGCAAGCUGGAUGACUCUUUGCUGUUUGUCACAGGAAAAAAGGUGUCCCAGGUGAAAAUAACUGGUCCAGGCUGUCGCCAUUUCCUGACAUGCUUCCGCUGCCUGAAGGCAGAGCGUUUCAUGCAGUGUGGCUGGUGUGGAAAUGCAUGCACCCGUCAGGAAGACUGCAAGGCAGAGUGGAACCAGAAGAGCUGCUCUCCUGUCCUCACUGAUUUCUACCCCAGAAAUGCACCACUACAAGGCAGCACUAAGGUGACACUCUGUGGCUCAGGCUUUCGUUCAGGUUCAUAUUUCAGUGGCAUGGAUGCCUCACCUUCAACCCUUGGUGACUACAAGGUUACAGUGGGACGGAAGAAUUGCACCAUACUGUUUGAAGAGAGCCUAGAAAACAGGUACAGUGAAGUGCCACGCUGGAAAGAUUAUGUUGAAGUUAUUGUCUGCACUUUGACACCAAAAGAGGAAGUGAACAUGCUGGGGCCACAGAAGGUUGAGGUCACUGUUGUAGAGAAGGAGCACACCCCAUUUUACAUCAGUGGCUCCUCAGUCCUCAGUGGCUUUGAGUUUAAGCUGCCUAAAAUAACUUCUAUCCAUCCACCGUACGGCCCACAGGCUGGAGGAACAGAGAUCUUUAUCCAAGGACAAAACGUUCUGGUGGGAGGCACAAGGAAGGUGAUGGUUAAUGGUCGGGAUUGUCCCUUGGUCUCAAGGGAAAGCCAGAAAGAGGAAGCCAUAAUUUGUACCACCCCUCCUGUGAACAACCUGGGCAACGCUUCUGUGACUGUAGUAAUAGAUGAACAGCCGUUUCUUUCUCCGAAGCCCUUCUGGUAUCGAAAAGAUCCUCAGAUACACCAUAUCGCUCCCAACUGCAGCUAUGAAGGUUCAAAUAUAUCCAUCAGUGGCGCCAAUUUGGAUUCAGUGUAUUAUGCAAAGGUGCAGUUUGAAUCUGCCGGAGUGCUUACUGAAGCUAAGGAUUGUAAGGGGGAAAGGUCUGCUACGAGUCUCGUGUGCCAGAGUCCUCGCUACCCAUUGGAAAACAAGGCAGCGAGCAUUCAUGGGAACCUGAAGAUCUUGAUGGAUGGAGCUCUGAGGCACCAGACAUUCCGCAUCCGCUACUACCCCAAGCCAGUGAUUUACCCCUUUGAGCAGCAAGACCAAUUGUACACAAUCAAUCCAGGAGAGGAUGAGAUCGAGAUCCAUCAUAGAGGACUGGACGCUCUGGCAGGCUGCAUGGCGAUCUCUAUGACUGUGGCUGGCAAAGAAUGCCACCCCACUGUGCUGAAAAACGAGGUGACCUGCCGAAUCCCCGGGGACCUGAACUCCCCUCUGCAUCGUUUGCCAGCACAGAUUUGUGUGAAUGGAAACUGCACAAACCUUGGCUUUGUGGUUGUGAAAUCCUCCUUAUCUCCUGUUGCUGCUUCAUUGGGGGCCGUUGUAGCCAUCCUGUUCCUCUGCUUCUUGGCAUUUUUCGUGAUGAAAUUCAUGCAGCGGAAAAAGAAGAAGAAGUCAGGAACUGAAAACUUGGAAAGACUCUCAAGCCUCAACAGGGGCAUGACGAGCAUCCCUCUCCUUCCCUCCAACCCUAAUUACACAGAUACUGCUGCAGAGCCCCGUACUUCUAGAGUGAGUCUUGGAAGCGCCUCUUACACAGGAAGCAGUGACGGUUCUGCCAUGCCCUUCAUGCGGGUUCCUUCUUACUCCAUUAAAAAUUUUCGGCCGCAACUCUUAGAAGAGGUGAAGGAUGUUCUAAUCCCCGAAGAGCAGCUGGUUAUGCAACAGGACCAGAUCAUUGGCAAAGGUCACUUUGGGAGUGUUUAUCAUGGAACGUACAUAGAUUCGGACCAUAGACAUAUACACUGUGCUGUUAAAUCUCUGAACCGAAUCACGGACUUGGAGGAGGUGGAAGAGUUCUUGAAAGAGGGGAUUCUGAUGAAGAGCUUUCACCACCCCCACGUCCUCUCUCUCAUUGGGAUUGCCCUCCCUCGGGAGGGGCUUCCCCGGGUGGUACUGCCAUACAUGAAGCAUGGAGACCUGCGGCACUUUGUCCGUUCGGAGGAGAGGAACCCGACUGUGAAGGAUUUAAUAGGCUUUGGGCUGCAAGUGGCUCAAGGGAUGGAAUAUUUGGCCCAGAAGAAGUUUGUGCACAGAGACCUUGCUGCUAGGAACUGUAUGCUAGAUGAGACCUUCACAGUAAAAGUGGCAGACUUUGGGCUGGCCAGAGACGUCUUUGACAAGGAAUAUUACAGCAUCCGGCGACACCGCAGAGCAAAGCUGCCGGUUAAGUGGAUGGCCCUUGAGAGCCUGCAGACCCAAAAAUUUACCACCAAGUCUGAUGUAUGGUCCUUUGGGGUCCUCAUGUGGGAGCUGAUGACGCGAGGGGCUUCUCCGUACCCUGAAGUGGACCCAUAUGAUAUGACCCGCUAUUUGUUGCGAGGAAGACGGUUGCCGCAGCCAGAAUACUGCCCAGAUUCUCUGUACACCGUAAUGCUGAAUUGCUGGGCCCCAAGUCCUGAGGAGCGACCAACUUUCUCUGCAGUAAUCCAGGAAGUGCAGCAUAUUUUAGCCUGUCUAAAGGGGGAGCAUUAUAUCAACCUGAAUGUCACUUAUGUCAACCUUGAUCAAGACCAGCCUUUCCCCCCUUUGACCAGCUGUGAGGAUGAUCUGGACUCCAGUGGGCUGAGUGAGGAAGAGGCUGCUACUGUGCACUGACUGAUGCGAGGCAAUUCUCAGGUAGCACACCUGAGUUGAGCCUAACACUAUGCAAGCACUGCCAGCCUUUCACUUCUCUGACUGAGGAAGCUUCCUGACUCGUCCUCCGUUUGAGCCUUGGCUUGCCGCAGCUUGGAUUCUCCAGUUGUCCUGCAGCUUCCCUUCAGGCAUCUCCCACCUAUGUGGGUUCAAGAAAACCAUGGCUGGAGACCUUCUGCGACAUGAUUCCCUUGCUAAAGGGCUCAGGAAAAGGCAGAAAUAAGCUCAUCCCUUCCAUAAGAGGUGGGGGCAGGUCCCCUUACCCCUCUUAGAAUAGUGAAACAUCCAGAAUAUGUGGGACCUUGGAUGCUGGCCUGUUUUAGAAAGGGCUAUAAAGUAAUUUAAUGUCUCAGCCUGUGGCUGAAUCUGUAUAUAAAGGAAUAAAUUGAGUGUUGUUUA